UUUUUGGAAAAUGACAAGCAAAGAAACUUUCAAUGUACUCUGGCUGAGAGUGGACAACUUAGAGACUAUAACUGUAACUUUAACUUUGUCAUUCUUGGAAUCGCAUGUGCUCCGAUAAUUGUCUUUGGAUACUCGUUGGUCAUUUGGUCAAUUUGGAAAGACCCUCUAAAGAAGCUUCGCAGAUCGCCAUCUGGGUUGAUCGUGUUAUCAAUGGCCACUGCCGAUUUUCUUGUUGGAUCAGUUCUACUCCCUACAGCCGUGACUUGGGGUUGGUCCGUGUUUCCGUGACUUGGGGUUGGUCCGUGUUUCAUCUUUCAAAAUGCCCCGAAUUCCAUACAGUAUUUAUAUGCGCUAUUUCGAUCAUAUGCAGCGCUUUCUUCGUCUACGUUAGCGUUGGUCACAUCUUCCAUCUAACACUUGACAGAUUCUUUGCCAUCAUAACACCGCUUCAGUAUCGAGCUGUUGUCACGCCUAAAGGAAUCAGUGUUGCUAUUGUUAGCCGUUGGAUUUAUUUCUUCAUCUUUGAAAUUACCUUUGGCUUAUUGCAACACCGAUACUUUAUCAUAAUGGAAACUGCGUACAGUAUUCAAAUUAUCAGCAUUCUCCUUAGCAUAUCUGUAAUGUCUGCUGUGAUGGUAAAACGCUUCCAUUUAUAUUGCCAGAAGUCGGAAUUAACACAUCAAUCAACAACUCAACGUCAGAUGAUCCUUCAACGGGAAAGAGAGCUCUGCAAAGCUAUAGCAGUUGUCAUUUGCGCAUACCUAUUUUGUUUCAUAAAGGGGUAA